ACUGAAAUAAAAAUGUUGUCUUCAUUGUAUUGAUAAAAUCACCUACCACCGUAUCUUCAGAAAUGAUGGCUGAAAGCAGAGGAUACGAACAGAACCCCGCAGUAAUGUCCCAGCCUACCCCUGUAUAUAGUCCGAUGAACCUUGGAACAAUGGUCCCACCCGGUCUUCAGUAUCUAGCAUCGUUAGACCAGCUACUAGUGAAACAGACUGUUGAGAUGUUUGAAGCAUUCACAGGAUUUGAGACCAACAACAAGUAUAAAAUUCAGAAUUCCUUGGGCCAAAAAAUUUUCAUGGCCAAGGAAGAUACAGAUUGUUGCACGAGGCAAAUGUGUGGACCUGCGCGUCCUUUUGAGAUGAAUAUUUGUGACCUCACUGGAACCGAGGUCAUUCAUCUUUACAGACCCCUUGCUUGUCAGACUUGUUGUUUUCCUUGUUGUCUGCAAACCCUGGAGGUUCACUCUCCUCCAGGAACAAUAAUAGGUACUGUAGAACAGGAAUGGUCCAUUCUUCAUCCUAGAUUUGUAGUUAAGGAUGAGAGUGGUGAAGCAAUUCUUCGCAUUGAAGGACCAUGCUGGACCUGCAGCUGUUUUGGGGAUGUGGAGUUUAAGGUGCUGUCUGCUACUCAUGGAACAGAGGUUAAUAUACUGGAGAAUUUAAGAAAACUAUUUCAAAUAUUAAUCCCCCCCCCCCACCUCCAAUCACUUUUUUACGAUACCUUUAAAAGUAUUGGUCUGACUGGUUUUAGACUUUUCCAACAAAUACAUACCACUCACUUUUAAUUUACUGGGUCAAGAGCUUUUAAAAAAUGAAAAAUUUGUAAUAUUUCGCGAAAUUUUUUUUUGCACACUUUUUGCCGAAUAACUAGAAUUUCGUAAUGAAUAUUUGGAUUAUUUGCAAAUUUAGAAUUUUUUCUUCAGAUAGUUUAAGAAAAACCCAAAGGCUUUAAAAAUAUGUAUAUAUUUGUAUCACAAGAAGGAAAUAGAACGGGGUCACUGUGACCCCCCCCCCCCUGUUCAUUAAACCAGACGUUAGUCGGAAUAGGGUUAAAAGCUAUACAGCGUAAUUGGAUUCCUUAUGACGGCUUUUUCAGGGUUUGAUUUUUAAUCUAUUUUUUGGGUCAUCCUAUAGGUAAUAACAUUUUCGUUUAUAUCACUAUUAAGGUUUAUGAUGGUCUCGAGUGUUUAUCAGGAUUACCCCUUUUUCUCUUAAUUGGACUAAAACUACUGAACCAAUAUAAAAU